GGCCGUCACUUCCCCGUCAUCUUCCUUCCGCCUUCCGUCCCCUAUCCGUCAUCUUUUCCUUCUUCUUCGAAGCCACCGAAAAAAAGAAUCCAGAAACGAGGAAAACACUUUAAAAUCGAAAUAUUAAUCGCUAUUUUUCCAUUCAGAAACUCGGGAUCUCCGUUGAACUCGCCGAGUCAAUCCGCGUCGAGGGCUCGCCUGUGCUUUUCGCCGAGAGAAACCCCUUCUCUCCCCCUUCCUUCCAUGGAGAUCGCCUCCGCGGCGGUGCCGUCGGACGGCCGCGAUGUCAAGAGCGAGGCGGGACCGUCCGAUUCGUCUUCUACCACGGCCUCAUCUUCUUUCGGAAAUCCUGAUUUGAUUGAGAAGGACGGUGCGUCCUCGUCGCCGCCAUCUAUGUCGGUGGUGGCGGCGGCUGCCGCGAGGUACGAUGACGACGAGGACGAGGAGGAUGUGUGUAGGAUCUGCCGGAACCCCGGCGACGCGGAGAAUCCGUUGAGGUACCCGUGUGCUUGUAGUGGGAGUAUCAAGUUCGUUCAUCAGGAUUGCCUGCUCCAGUGGCUUAAUCACAGCAACGCUCGUCAAUGCGAGGUCUGUAAACAUCCAUUUUCUUUCUCUCCCGUGUAUGCUGAAAAUGCUCCUGCAAGACUUCCUUUUCGGGAAUUCAUAAUGGGAAUGGCGAUGAAGGCUUGCCACGUGAUGCAAUUCUUUUUGCGCCUUAGUUUUGUCCUCUCUGUCUGGCUUCUGAUCAUACCUUUCAUAACAUUUUGGAUAUGGCGCUUGGCCUUCUUGAGAAGUUUUGGUGAAGCCCAGAGGCUCUUCUUGAGUCAUAUCUCAACUACAGUUAUUCUUACUGAUUGCCUGCAUGGGUUCCUUCUCUCUGCCAGCAUCGUUUUCAUUUUUCUUGGAGCCACCUCUCUAAGAGAUUACUUUCGCCAUUUAAGAGAGAUCGGUGGACAAGAAGUUGACAGAGAAGAAGAGGCAGAUAGAAAUGGCGCCCGUGUACCAAGGAGGCCUCUGGUGCAGGGAAAUAGAAAUUUUGCUGGUGAGCCUAAUGUUGAGGAUGUUGGAGGAGCGCAAGGAAUUGCUGGUGCUGGUCAAAUCAUCAGAAGGAAUGCAGAAAAUGUUGCUGCCCGGUGGGAAAUGCAGGCAGCUCGUCUUGAAGCUCACGUUGAACAAAUGUUUGAUGGUUUAGAAGAUGCUGAUGGUGCUGAGGAUGUGCCUUUUGAUGAACUAGUGGGCAUGCAGGGUCCUGUUUUCCAUUUGGUUGAAAAUGCAUUCACUGUUCUGGCGAGCAACAUGAUAUUCCUUGGAGUUGUAAUCUUUGUGCCUUUUUCAUUAGGACGGGUUAUUCUCCACUACAUAUCUUGGCUAUUCUCUUCUGCAAGUGGUCCUGUUCUGUCAUUCAUUUUGCCGCUAACAGAGUCUGACCUCUCCUUAGCAAAUAUCACUCUGAAAAAUGCAUUGACAGCUGUGACAAAUUUGACAUCUGAGGCCCAAGAUGGUGGCAUUUUGGACCCUGUGGUUCACGCAUUGGAAGUAAAUGCUAGUGCAGCAAAUGAGGCUGCAAGCAACAUUAGUUCUUCAGUCUCUGCUGAUCUAUUGAAAGGGGCCGGUAUCAGCACAUCAAGGCUUUCAGAUGUGACAACUCUUGCAGUUGGCUAUAUGCUAAUUUUCUUCCUAGUUUUUCUUUACCUCGGUGUUGUUGCUUUGAUUCGGUACACUAAGGGUGAGCCCUUGACCUUGGGAAGGUUCUAUGGUAUUGCAUCUAUAGCAGAAACAAUCCCGUCGCUCUUCAGGCAGUUCUUGGCAGCAAUGAAACAUUUGAUGACUAUGAUUAAAGUUGCCUUCCUUCUGGUAAUUGAGCUCGGGGUGUUCCCUCUGAUGUGUGGAUGGUGGCUCGAUAUAUGUACUCUAAGGAUGUUUGGCAAGUCAAUGUCUGACAGAAUCCAAUUCUUCUCAGCCUCUCCUUUGGCUAGCUCUUUGGUUCACUGGGUUGUCGGAAUUGUAUACAUGCUCCAAAUAAGCAUCUUUGUCAGCCUUCUUCGAGGGGUUUUACGCCAUGGAGUGCUCUAUUUCCUCAGAGAUCCUGCUGAUCCAAACUACAAUCCGUUUCGUGAUUUAAUUGAUGAUCCUGUGCACAAGCAUGGACGCAGGGUACUCUUGUCUGUUGCCGUGUAUGGAAGUUUGAUUGUGAUGCUGGUAUUUUUGCCUGUCAAACUUGCCAUGCGAAUGGCACCAUCCAUCUUUCCUCUAGACAUCUCGGUUUCUGAUCCGUUCACAGAAAUUCCAGCUGACAUGCUUCUAUUCCAAAUCUGCAUUCCUUUUGCCGUUGAGCAUUUCAAGCUGCGGACGACAAUCAAGUCUCUGCUUUGCUAUUGGUUUACAGCAGUUGGUUGGGCGCUUGGCUUAACUGAUUAUUUAUUGCCUAGACCUGAUGAGAAUGGUGGGCAAGGAAAUGCAGAACCUGGAAGGCAGGAUCAAUUACAGGCUGGUGGUCAGGAUCGUGCUCUGGCAGUUCCUGGUGUUGAUGAUCAUCCCAACAGAGGGAUUCCGGGUGCAGGGAAUUUAAAUACUGUUGAUGAAGAUGAUAGUGAAGACCAUUCUGAUUCUGGCCGGUAUGGCUUUGUUGGCUCGAUUGUGCUCUUGUUGGUGGUGGCAUGGAUGACACUUCUGCUCUUCAACUCUGCGGUGAUUGUUGUACCUGUGGCACUGGGUCGAGCCCUUUUCAAUGCCAUUCCUCUUCUGCCGACAACACAUGGUAUCAAGUGCAAUGAUCUAUAUGCUUUCGUAAUUGGAAGCUAUGCCAUCUGGACCGCUCUGGCUGGAGUUAGAUAUUGUUUGGAGCAUGUUAGAACAAAGAGGGCAGCAGUUUUGUUUAACCAAGUUCGGAAGUGGUGCGGCAUUGUCCUCAAGAGCUCCGCGCUACUGUCGAUAUGGAUAUUUAUCAUUCCAGUGAUGAUCGGGCUGCUUUUCGAGCUCCUCGUUAUUGUCCCCAUGCGUGUCCCUGUCGACGAAAGUCCAGUCUUCCUCUUGUAUCAAGACUGGGCACUAGGACUCAUCUUCCUGAAGAUCUGGACUCGACUGGUCAUGCUGGAUCACAUGAUGCCGCUCGUCGACGAGAGCUGGCGAAUCAAAUUCGAGAGGGUGAGAGAAGACGGCUUCUCGCGCCUGCAAGGCCUGUGGGUCCUCCGCGAGAUCGUCUUCCCAAUAGUGAUGAAGCUGCUCACUGCGCUGUGCGUGCCUUACGUCCUCGCCAGAGGGGUAUUCCCAGUGUUGGGCUACCCUCUGGUCGUGAACUCAGCUGUCUACAGAUUCUCCUGGCUGGGCUGCCUGUGCCUGAGCGUGCUGUGCUUCUGUGCCAAGAGGUUCCAUGUCUGGUUCACCAACCUCCACAACUCGAUUAGGGACGACCGGUAUCUCAUCGGUCGGAGGCUCCACAACUUCGGGGAGGAUGCUGUGGGAGCGUCGGAGGACGAGAACGAAGACGGUGCAGGUUCUUCUAAUCAGGAAGGGCAGCAGAGGCCUGAUGUCUUGUUAGGAGGAGGUGGUAAUGAGAGGGAAGAAGGUGGUGAAGUAGGGUUGAGAUUAAGGUAUGUUAAUCGACAAGCCGUAAACUCUGAUAUUGUUAUGGACAACAAUCCGUGGCCAAGGAAGAGAAGUUUCCCACAGAGAACAAUCAAUGUCACUGCUAACAACUUUGGCAGCCCUGUGCCCAUAGUUCAUCAUGAAGAGGCAGGAAAUAUCCCAGCCAAGAGUGGAGCAGAACCAUCAAGAAUCGUUAGGAAUUUAAAUGAGAAGCUAGCUUCUGUGCUUCUUGAUGAUCAUCUCACUAAAACUGAACAUGAAGUAUCUUCUGCAGAGCUGGAGAAAGCAGAAGAAGAUGUAUUCAUGCAGAGACAAGUGGCCCAUCAUGAACCUGCAUUGAAGCAGUUCACCAGACCGUUGAGCUCUAUCCCCGAAGAACUAGAGGUGAAGAUGUACAGUGAAUCCAUCAGAGAUAAAUCAUCAACUGGAUUUAAGGAGCUAGAAAAUGAGUUGAAGGAUUUAGCUAUUGACAACACAAAUUUGAGCAGGACCUUAAUGGUGAAGGAAAAACUAAUUGAUGAUCUGUACAAGCAAACAUCUCAGACAUCAGCAGAGUUUCAUGCACUCAUGUCUCGAUUGGAUUCGACCGAGAAAGAGAAUGCAUUCCUCAAAUAUGAAUUCCACAUGCUGGAGAAAGAGAUCGAUGUUCGCAACGAGGAACUCGCGUACAGCCGACAGCAUGCUGAUGCAUCCAGGAGGCAGCAUCUGGAGAGUGUCAAAACAAUUGCCAAGUUGGAAGCAGAAUGCCAGAGGCUUCAGAAAAGGGAUCCAUUUCCUGCUACUGCCACUUUAAAGCCUAGUCAUGAGAUGCCUGAAAAGAAUAUAAAUUUCCUGCUGGAUAGACUAGUUGCUACUGAGGAAGAGAACAGGAGUCUUAAGGACACACUGAUGAGGAAAAAUGCUGAACUUCAAUCUUCGCGCAUCAUGUUUUCUAGAACAGCUUCAAGGUUGUCACAGGUUGAAGCUCAAUUAGCUGCAGAACUUCCUGGCGGUGGUGUGAAGUCGAUGGAGCUUGUUAAGUACAUUUACCCUAUACCUGGUUCUGAAUUUGGGAGUGAUGAUGGAGUUAGCUCGUCUUCUGGUUCAUGGGCCACUGCUCUACUCUCGGAACUCGAAAGCUUCAGAGAUGGAAAGGUGAUCAAGAGUCUUCGAAAUGACCACAAACCGAUUGAGAGCUUGGAGAUGUGUUUGAUGGACGACUUUGUCGAAAUGGAGAAGUUCGCCGUAGUCUCUACAACUGGUGAUGAUGAUGAUCAAGAGUUUGACUGGCUUCAGGUUGUUCUGAAAGCACUGAACAAGCAACAUCGAGUUUCGAAACGUUCUAUGCCUGAGCUUCUCGAGGAUAUCAAUAUUGCAUUGGGCUACAACAAUCAUCUAAGCACUCAUUGUGGUCAACCGAGUCUGAGUAAGUCAAUGUGCAAGAUUGUGGACCUUGUGGAGAGAUUUAAAAUUCCAGUAGCUUUAACAUCCAAACCUGAAGAUCAAGACUCGAAGGAACAAUCGAGUUCCUUAGUGGUGGCAGAACCUUCAGAUGUCAUGCAAAAAUUUCUUCAUGCAUGCAACAGUCUGAUGGAUGGAAAGACUAGUGUUGAGAAGUUUACCGAGGAAUUGUCAUCUGCUUUGGAGUUUAUUCUAAGCAAUCACAACAUGUUUGGAGAGAAUGAGAGGUUGAAAGAGACAGAAGCUAGGCUGAAGGCAGCGAGUGAGAAGACUGAGUCUCUGACGAGUCAACUACAGGAAUCAGAGCAGAAUAUUCGGAACAUAAAGGCAGAAAUGGAGACUUUGAGAGAGUACAAGUACAUGGUUGAAGACCAGAUGGAGAAUCAGAUAUCGAUCAAUGAGGAACUCGAUACUCAGCUCUCAGUUGCCAAAGCCCAGCUGAAUGAGGUUAUGCAAAAGUACUCAUGCUUAGAAGUCGAGCUGGAGGAUAAGCAUGACUGUUGUGAAGAACUAGAAUCAACUUGCCUUGAUCUUCAACUCCAACUAGAAGGAGUAACGUGUAUCGAGACUACAAACAAUGGCAUGAAUGGAGAAGGAAAGCAAUCAUCCCAAAAUGAAUUGGAGAUAUCAGCAGCCUCAGUGAAGCUGGCCGAAUGCCAAGAAACCAUUCUCAGCCUUGGAAAGCAACUGAAGGCACUGGCUUCACCAAGUGAAGCAGCCUUGUUUGACAAGGUAUUCAAUGCUGGGAAUGCCGCUAACAUUGUCACCACCACCACCAACAACAACAGGAACUUGUUCCGUCGGUUCUCAUUGCGUGACCAAAUGCUAGCUGAAGAUAAAUCUAAAGCGAUCAUUCUCUACUCGCCAAAGGAAGAAGAUGCACUGAUAGAAUCUCCGAACCAACAUAAUGAUUAUGGUGGUGGCAGAACUCCAGAAGGUGAUGGUGGUAAAACUGCAGAUACAAGUACAGCAAUGGCGAUUGUGCCAGGUAAAAAAAGUGCAGGGUUUGAAUUUCUGAGGAGGCUGCUGAUGAGAAGGAAGAAAGGAGUGAGCAAGAAGUCCCAGCCCAUGGUGAAAGCAUGAGGUAAAAAAAAAAUGGCUAGAGUUUGGUUGUCCUUCAGUCAAAAAAACAUGCUUGGAUUUGGUUCUUUGUUGCUUAGUGCCAUUCAUUAGGGAGAGAAAGGAAAAGAGAGGGAGUUCAUUUGCAUUUCAUCUUUGAUCACUAACCAAAUAUCCACAUGUACAUAUGAGUCUGAGGCUGUUGUUGUUUCUACCUUCUGUGAUAAAGGUACUGUGCUGUUCUUUGCUUCUCCUUAAAUCGCAUCUGAUCUGGUAGUUUUUUCGAUUCGAGCGAUCAGAUCGAAUCGAGAGAUCGAGUCUUGAAUUUGAAAAUCAAAAUCGUAUUGCGUAAUGUAUCAAUCUGUUUGAACUAGAUUUUGUUGAUACGAGCAAGUCAGGAAGAAGCAGCAGCAGCCUUUUCAGCCGCAGUCUUCAUCUCCAUCAAAGAAUCUUCGAAGCACUUAGCCAGAAAUUCCGGGUCCGGAAUAACAUCUUUGGCCACCAAAAUCUGCAUGUCAGCUCUCCCUGCAUAGCUCACCAUGUGCAUUGUCAAAGCCUGUGAAAAAGAACAGAAAUGAAUCAACUAAGUUGCAUGUUAAAUUUAUCAAACACCUUAAUAACUAACAUCUAAUCUAAUAUGAUCUUACAUGGGGAAUGCUUGAAGUAUUGACUCUUAGGAAGGUGACAGGAUUCCCAGCAAUGGUGAUUUCCUCCUUGGGCCCAAGAACAUUGGAGAUCGUAAACGAGGUGUUGCAGAUUAUAUCGUAGUUACACUUGCAUGCAAACUGUGUAUAGAUUGAAGAACAAGGUUUACUCAUUCAUGUCAAGCAAUCAGCAUUGUGUUGUGUUCUGUAUAUAUAAGAAGUAACAACGUCGAAUAAGUCUGGGGGCCGAACCUUAGGACCUAAUGUGGACAUGACAAUGUUGCAGAGCUUGUAAGAGAAGUGAGCUUCCAAAGACUUCUUCUUCCUGUCAAUCAUCUUCUUGGCUCUCUUCACGAAAUCCAGCGGAUUCGAGCUCGACCCUUCUUCGCUAUGGUGGCUGUGGUAAAAUACUGUUUUUUCAGAUCACCAUGUUAAGUGAUUAAUAAUGAGGCAAGGAGCAUGAUGGACUCGGAAAUUUGACAAAGAGUUUGGUUACCUGUAAUCCAGAUUGUGGUCUAAGGUUAACCAUGGCCAUCCCUGUUAUUUGUUGGCCUUCCUUCAGAGCAUUUGGAGUUCGAUGGUCCAAGUAUCUUGAUAGCCCGGAUGCUAUCACGCCGAACAAAACGUCGUUUAUAGUCUGCAUUCGCCACCGCUGACUUCACCGUCUUCAUGUCCUCGAUCAAGAACUUCGCCGUCGCCAGCUUCCUCGGCCACAGCUCCGUCCCGGCGCCGCCGCUGAUCCCGGUCCUCCGAUCCCCGACGCAGAGCACCCUCAGCGUGAACUCCAAGCAGUACACCAGACUGUAAACCACCAUCAUCACCAACUCCGCCGCCGCCGCAGCCCACGACCGCCGCCGCCGCCGGCGGCCAGCUUCCGACGCCGGGAGACUGGGGAUCGCGUCCGGAUUCCCCGACUUCCGGCAGUCGGCGAGAAGCAUCGACAUCAGCGAGAUGCCGUCGCCGAGCGCGUGGUGGAUCCGGAGCACGGCGCACCGCUCCUCCGUCAGCAGGUGGAUUUCCCACAGCGGCUUGUCGGAUCUCAGCGGCUGGCCCGCCGAUAAAUCGGCGAUGUAGUCGUUCACCUUCCUCUCCGCACACCCGCCGCCGCCGUCGUCGGCAUCUCCCGCCGCCGCGUCGACGGCGAAGACGUGGCGGUCGAUUUCGACCUUCGUUCUCCGCCACCGCUCGCGGCCGUGCUCGUCCCGCACGAGGAUGCUGGAGAACCGCGGGUGCUUCAAUAGGAGCGAGUUUUUGAUGAUUUCCUUGAUGGCGUCGACGUCGAGGGGGUUUCGUACCCCGAUAGCGCAGUGGAUUACGGUGUCGAGCUCCGGCUGGAGGAACAUCCGGCCGGCGGGAGUCAGGGGCUCGUCGGCAUCCGUCGCCGGCGGCGAGGGGAUCGAUACCGGAGGGAGAGGUUUUCUGGCGGUUUUGCGAUUCAUUUUCUCUGGGGUUUUUUUUUUUGUUGGGCAGAGGGGAAAAUGAACCGAUCGAGCUCUCUUUCUCUGAAAUUGAAUGAUUAUAUGUAAUAUAUAUAUAUGGCUGUAGAAAUCGCUUAUCCCCAGAGAAAUUAUAAAAAUUUCUUCUGGGAAACUUUUUUUUUGUUUUUUUUGACAGUGAUCUUCUGGGAAACUUGAGGGGAAGAAAUGAACAAGAAAGGGGAAAAAGGGAAAGUGAAUUAUUCU